UCAACAGCCUGUACUUGUAAAGUCAAUUGAUCACUGAGCAGGAUGAACUCACCUGAAUGCAACUUGUAAUAAUACAAUGAAUCUAUUUCUUGCUGUCUACUGUGGAGAGCGGAGGUGGUAGAGGAAUUUCAGGAAAUGGAUUUACUUUAUAAAAACAAGCAAGGAUGUUUCCAUCACCAUGUUUACCAUACUGGUUAAAUUUUUUUGGUUAAGUGGAAACAGAUUUUUGAGUUUUGUUCCUUAUAUUCUCCCUUCAAAUUAGUUUAAAUAGAUUUAUGUAAGAAAAUAAAUUUACAAAAAAAUAUUAUUUUUAUAAUUUCUAAUAAAUUGGAAUUCAAACAAGUAAAAAAAACAUUCAUUUAUCACUUGAGCCAACACCUGUAAGUGAUUAAACUUUAAAUAUAGCGAUAAAUUAAUACAAGACUGACUCAAAGUCGUUAUGAUUAGGUUAGAAAAGCAUCAUUAGCUGCAAGCAACACAUACAGAGGAAAAUACCAGUCAAAAAAAAAAAAAAACCUACCGAGAAACUUGACUUUGUGGUUGUUAGUUGUUACCACAAGAGUGGUGACAAACACAGAUGCCCAGCAAUAUAGGUGUAGAUAGUAGCUUCAAUCUAAGAAACCUGUAUCAUGUAAUUAUUUUCUCUCAUGGUCCCCCACAGCAUAAUCUUCUUUCUCUUGAUCUCAUGGCAAUAGAGCGGCCACGAAAGGAGCAGUUGUCUUUCCAAAAGUGCUGAUUAGUCCUUUAAGUACUACGGGAAAGCCGUUUUGUCUAUGGUCCAUAUGGGGCACCACAAACUGUACAAAACCAACCUAACUUGCUUAUGACACAAUCAGCAUAUGUUAGUUUGGAAGAGUUCUGUUAUAUCUGGCUUCCUCUUUCCUUAUUUUUUUUUUUGGGUUCUUCAGCUACUAUGUCUAUAUUCCAUUUAAUAACUUUCAUCUGGGUCCUUCUGUCAGUAAGCUACCUUGUCUUUCUUACUUCUGCCUCAUGGUGCCCGCACUUUGUUCAACAAACAACUCGACAAUUCGAGCAGAAAACAGAUCGAUUCUGGGAGUUUCAAGAGCAAUCCAACAGAUGGGUUGAAGUGAAACUUCCUUUUGAUCUUGUAUCUUGUGUUAAUGAUAACUGUACUAAAGUAGGUUUUAUUGAUCAAACAAGAAGGACCAAAGAAGAGCACUUACAAAAUGAAAAAGAUGUUUCUAACCAAAAGAACUUAAAAAUGAAGGAUGGUGAUAUGGGAGGGCUAGAGGAGAACUCUUUUACAGUUUUGCCUCUAAGAAAAAGAAUUUCCUUGACAAAAAUGUCCGAUACAUCCAUUUGGGUUACCGGUGAAAGUGGGUCUAUCUAUGAGAGGUUCUGGAAUGGAGUCCAGUGGGUGAUAGCACCACAUGACCUGCACAUAUCAGCAGGUGGCGCAGUCUCAGUUUUGAUUGUCAACCAGACAAUUCUUGCUAUCUCAGAGGAAGGGAAUCUAUACCAGAUGCAACUCAGUGACAGCUCACAGCCAAUUUGGGUGGAGUUCAAACCUGCAUUCUAUCAAAGUACAGACAAAGAAGCAGAACAGAGUUCAGUGAUUCAAAUAAAGUCCGGUACUGUUUCAUAUGAUGGGCUGAGAGUUUAUUUCUGCACAAAGAAUGGCUUGUUGCUGGAACUCAGUGAGGUUGAGCCUCCAAGGUGGGAGAAUCAUGGCCGACCACCAGGAGCAGAUGUAGCAGCAAUAGCUGACGCAGCUAGAAUUAGAUCAGAAGUAGUAUAUACAAUAAGUUCUACAGGUCAUCUCUAUGAAUAUGAUAAGAGCUCGAGGCCAUCAUGGAAGAAGCAUCUACAAAGUGAAGAAACUGUGAAUGAUGGUUCUCUAAUACCAUUACUGGGGUGUACGAUACAUGGCAUGAGUGGAGAUCACUCUGUAUCCUUGUUUCUCCUAACAAAGGGAGGUAAAUUGGUUGAGAGACGACUACAUCAAAGGAAAUGGAAAUGGAUAGCCCAUGGAAGUCCAGAAGAUCAUUACAUGACAUCUGUUACUCCCCUACUGGAAGAUGAGCCAAAUGAAAGGUUCUUCUCAUUGUUUCUCACUACAUCCACUGGAUCAGUUUUUGAGUAUCGAAUACCAAAGCAUUCAGGUACAGCUCAAGAGAACCAAAUUUCAGAAGCAUGGCUGAAUCAUAUGCAUCCACCAAACACAAAAGCUGCAAGAGGUAUUGCAGGACUCAAAUUUCAACCUGGCAGGACACUGUUUGCACUGGAUGAUGGUAGACUUGCAGAGUUACAUAUACCUGGCCUAGGUGGUGAAAAUUCUGGGCCAACACAUCAAUUUAAAAUGCGAAAAAAAUUAUCAUCUAAGUAUGUCUGGUCAAUACUAGAUGCCCCCGAGACAGAAGGAUGGAAUGCAGAGUAUUGCACAGAAGAACGUGCACCUAUGAAUUGCAUAGCAGGAAUAAAAGAUGAACCAAAUGAUUCAGGAAAUACAAGAUCACUGACAAGGAGAAAAGGUAAUAAAGCACAACAGGAUUACUUAUCUCUAGGCACUUCCAGGAGUAGAGUAGUGAAAAUAUCAGAAGAAUAUAGUAUCCCAGACAACUGGAUCAACAUCAACUUCCGACUGAGGGUGAUGCAAGCAGGUGUAUCAUUUUUUAUCAUAACAGAUGGUGGUUUGACCUUUGAAUAUCUUUACACUGAGAGUGUAUGGCUCUGGUUAAGACAUGAUCAUUCAACGCCAAUGAGAGGUGCCCUGGGAAACUACAAUGUAAGUUUAUUUUUUGUUGAUGUGUAUGGAACCUUGCUUAUCAGAGAAAGGAGCGGCAAUGAGCUAGCAUGGAUAAAUUGCACUGCAAUGAGGAAAGGAAGGCAAGUUGUUGCAGGCCCUCCUUGGGAUGGUAUGCCAGGUAAACUAAAAGUCACAGCAGAAGAUGCACUCUUCUUUGUGAGCAAAAGCGGAAGACUACUGCAGUUCACAGUUGCCCUGAGGAAAUUCAAAUGGAAAGAUUGUCGAAACCCUCCUGAAACCAAACUUGCAUGCAUAAUAGACCAAGAAAUCUUUAGGGAAAAUAUAGUGUUUGUUGUUGGAAGAAAUGGCCGGCUCUACCAGUAUAACAAAGUAACUGAGUUGUGGCAUGAGCAUUACCAAUCUCAGCAUUUGGUUCUAUCCAGGUUGCCAGGAACUGCUAUGAGGCCUUCGUUAUUUUCACUAACAGGUUCACUUUUCAUGCUUUCGGAAGAUGGUGGACUAGUUGAAUAUCACUGGAAUGCAUGGGAUGGCUGGACCUGGGUGGAACACGGCACUCCAUGCAAAGAUGUUACCUUGGUUGCUCCUCCCGGACCAUGUUUCCAAGGCAAUCAACUGUUUUUGAUAGGUUCAGAUGGAAACGUAUACCUAAGGUACAUGGACCAAUUGACAUGGAGAUGGAAAAACUGUGGUUUCCCACAUAAUGGAGAGAAAUCUACUGAAGAUCAAACUGAAAUGGGAGCCCAUGAUAGAAAGGAAGAAGUUAGUAUUGAUAACGAUCUCACAGCUAGUUUUGAUGACAAUAUGGAGAAUCCAAAUGAUCCCAACAGAAACUGUGACCCAAAGGUUGCUCCUACAAGACCAAUUCCAUUUUCUGAAGAUUCGGCUAUAUUUGAGCUAAGAGACGACAGAUUGGCAGAAAUUCGGGAAGUUGAUGACACACAAUGGGUUUGGGUACGGAUCAUUGGCACUCCAACAAGCUCAUGCACAUCAAGUUACUGGACCGCUUUGGCAUCAUGAAAAAUCAAACAAUACCCCCUCCCCCUACCCAACGCCCCCCCAAAAAAAAAAAAAAUUUACAGCUAUUACAGUUACACAGCAGCACACAUUAGAAUUUAGGUAUAAAUUUCAAUGUAUAUUAAACAAACUACAGAAUUUCAGACAUAAUGUAUAGCUUUAAAAACUUGCAAAAAAUCCAAAUAUAAACAAGAUUUUAGAAUUUUACUAUUUGGCUUCCAACAGAUUAUAGUUUUAACAAUGCAAAGAAUUUAAAGUAAAAAGUUUCGCAAGUUGCAUGCAAUAAAAGAAUAUUAGGGGCUUAGAGCCUUUGUCCUGUGAUAACUGAUGAUCAUGAUUUUAAUUUCAACUCAAUUAGAUUAAUAUCAAUUUUUAAUUUUUAUACGAGAUUGUGAGUAAAUUUCAGGUUCUCAUGUACACUAAAGAAGAAAAAAAAAAAAGAAUUAAUACAUUUUUUAAAAUGGUAUGUUUAAUUCAAAAAUGAA